UUGGUAAGGGAAUAAAAAAAAUAAAAAACAUAAAACACGUUUGAUUGGUGUUUGGCGAACGAAAAUUGAAAUAAGCCGACAACGAGUCUAGCCAGUUAGGCGUCAAUAGAAUUGAUUUUUCCAAAAUACAAAAAUAUUGUUAAAUUAACGUAACGUUAACUAAUUCUGUACAAUAAACAUGCAGAACGUAAUAAACAGCGUAAAGGGCACAGCUCUUGCAGUUGGAGAAUACUUGACCCCGGUUUUAAAGGAGUCGAAGUUUAAGGAAACUGGCGUGUUAACUCCUGAAGAAUUCGUAGCUGCUGGUGAUCAUUUAGUACACCACUGUCCUACAUGGCAGUGGGCCGGUGGGGACGAGACCAAAUCUAAACCAUAUUUGCCAAAAACCAAACAAUUUUUAAUUACCAGAAAUGUGCCCUGUUCGAGGAGGUGCGAGCAGAUGGAAUACUCCAGAGAUAUGGAAAAAAUUAUAGAGUCCGACGAUGCUGACAACGGUUGGAUAGAUACUCAUCAUUACGAUAAAGAAUUAUCAACAUCCUUAGAAAAUAAAGUAUCGGAAAUGACACUGGAAAGUACAAAAUCUGAAAGCAUGGAAGACGCUGCUUUAAACAGCGAAAACGAUGAUAAAGAAAAUGAUGAAGAAGAUGAUGAUGAGGAGGCAGCAGAUAUGGAAGAAUUUGAAGAGAGUGGAAUGCUUGAAGAUGACCAGGUUGUUAAAGUAGUGGAGCCAGUUGAUGAAAAAAAGAGCUCUUCUGAAGAAGGAGAAAUAAUACAUACGAGAACUUACGAUCUCCAUAUUACUUAUGACAAGUACUAUCAAACACCUAGAUUGUGGUUAACAGGAUAUGACGAGAAACACCAACCUUUAUCUGUAGAUGAACUGUACGAAGAUGUUAGUAAAGAUUAUGUACAGAAAACUGUUACAAUGGAAACGCAUCCCCACCUUAGUGUGCCUAAAAUGGCUUCAGUUCACCCGUGUCGACAUGCUGAAGUGAUGAAGAGCAUCAUAGAAACUGUAAUGGAAGGUGGGGGUGAAUUAGGAGUGCAUAUGUAUUUAAUCAUUUUCUUGAAAUUCAUGCAAUCUGUUAUACCAACAAUAGAAUAUGAUUACACUCAAAACUUUACAAUGUAAAAUUUUUGAAUUUAAAUAUUUAUAACUAAAAGUAGAGUCGCUCUGCGCCAGAGUGGCCCAACUGCGAAAUUGUGUUAUCCUGGUAUAAACCGUGCAAAGUGCUGCAUACUUUCUAAAUUUCAAGUCCACAUUGGCCCAAAUAGCGCAAGUAUGCACGCUAAUUCUAUUAGUGAAAU